AUGCCAGAUAUUCACGAAGAAACCUGCUCAACAGCUGCUAGAAAAAGGAUAGUGAUUGUGAUUUAUCCGUCCAUAACGAUCCAUGGAGCUGUUGAUUUUGAAUAUUCGUUGACCGUGGACUCGGUGGUUCGAGUUAAGUUUCGUCAGAAGAUGUUUUUUCUUGUCGUGGUUUUGUUUUUCGGUGGUCGUGAAGAUCGUGAAGUGUUGGCUAAUAAUGGUUUACGUAUGGUGGAGCAUAUCGGAAUCUCAGUUUCUGAAUAA